CAAGCUUAACGCUCAGGCUCCUGCUUUCGUGCCCCGAAUCUCGGCGCCGGGGCGGGUGUACGCCACGCGCCUUCAUCAGAUCAACGUUACCCACGUCGUCCCUGUAGUACAAAAUCAGUUCAUUUACGCGCCUCAGCAGUCUCCUCCGUCGCCCUACUAUGGCGGUGUUGCUCGAGGGUUUGUUGAUCAAGAGGUUGCUGCUGCUGAUUCGAACAAUUCUGCUAAGAAUGGAGGGCUACCUGAAGAAGCUGCUCAGAAGAUCGUCAAUCAGGUGGAGUUCUACUUCAGUGAUUUAAAUUUGGCAACGACUGAUAAUUUGAUAAGGCAUAUGAUCAAGGAUCCCGAAGGAUAUGUACCAAUAUCUGUGGUUGCAUCAUUCAAGAAGAUUAAAGCUCUAAUAGGUAGUCAUGCCCAGCUUGCCGAAGUUCUGCGGAGCUCAAUAAAUCUUGUAGUUAGUGAAGAUGGAAAGAAAGUUAAACGGCAAAAUCCUCUGACUGAAGCUGCCCUAGAAGAGUUGCAAUCUCGCAUAGUGGUUGCUGAGAAUUUGCCUGAGGACCACUGCCACCAGAACCUCAUGAAGAUUUUUUCGGCGGUUGGAAGGGUAAAAAUGAUACGCACCUGCCACCCUCAGCCUUCAAAUGGCGGGGCUUCUUCAGCAUCUAGAUCGGCAAAGUCAGACAGCACGUUGUAUAGUAACAAGUUGCACGUAUUUGUGGAGUACGAGUCUGUUGAGUUGGCUGAGAAGGCGGUUCUUGAGCUAAAUGAUGUGGAUAACUGGCGAAAUGGUCUAAAAGUCCGUCUACUGCUUAGAUGCACAGCUAAAUCUGGUCAAGCCCAAGAGAAGAAGGUUGGUCAUGAAAGUGGGCUCAACUUCAAGGAAGACGAUGAUUUUGCAUCAGAAUUAAAUGAGAAACAUGAAGAAGAAUCUCCGUGCCAUUCUGACGUGCAGUCAAAUGACAUUGCAGAUAAGCAUGGCAGCAAUGGGAAGAGGAAAGGGCACAAUCGUGGUCGGGGUAAGGGACAAGGACCAGGCCCAGGACAGACGCGGGGCCGGGGACGUGGACCUGCCCAGUUUCAACAAAACAAUCGUGGAGGCCGUACAGGGGCUUCCACAACAAAUUUGAAUCGUGGAAGCAAUGUGGCUAGUGCCCCCUCCAAUACUAAUGGUGUUAGUAUAGCAGGGCAGCCNGGGGGGGGGGGGGUUGAUGUUCCUUCUUUCUUUGCAGUAUUGAUUGCAGGGUUUUAA